GGCUUCUGCCCCUCCUGGCUUGGGUAGGUUGCUGGUGACGUGGAAGUGAGAGGCCCAAGGGAGACCCCGUCUCUAGCCGUGCGGUGGCCGAGGUGACCACGGGGUAGGGUCUCAGCUCCGCAUCGGGCUGGGUGGUCAGGUCCUCCCCGCCCGCCUCCUGCUCAUCUCCAGGGACAACAUUAACCUUCCCUGCCACCAUACUCCCCCGCCAGGGCACAGUCCAGGUGCAGCCUACAGACCAGAGCACCCCCUGGGGACAUGCGGUGGAGAGCCCGGCCACAGCCAGCACCUGCCAGGCACCCAGGGUCCCCAAGGGAACCGCCCCCUCAGCUCCUCUGGGGCACACCCCGGGGCGGAGAGGUUUGGAGAGUCGAACUGCCAGACUCAGGGAUGGCUUUGGUUUGAGAGAAGGAAAAUGGUUAAGCUUCUGGACUUUGGAAUCAGGGUCAGGGUCACAGGCCUGUGCAGGGCCUGUAGUGAGUGGAACCCCUUAAUCCUUUCUUCAGUCUCUGUUCAAGCUCACCCGCCUCCUGGCCCACUAGCCCUUGAUUAUGUCUGCGCCCACAUGCCCUCCUGGGUGCUCUUGAUCCCCCAGAAGGUGUAGCCAAACCCAGGAAUCUCUGCUGAUAAGAAUGACCGAGUGACUUGCUGUCUGUGCCAAAUUAAACGGGGUUUUCUUCCAUCCAUGCACUAGGGCGGAGAUGUUGCUGUUGAUUUCCACAUUCCUGCUGCUGGCCUCCACUCCAGGGUCUUGGGCUCGGAAUGUGAGACAGCAGAGUGACACCUGGGGCGUCUGGGGCGAGUGGAGCCCCUGCAGCCGGACCUGUGGAGGAGGCAUCAGCUUCCGGGAGCGCCCCUGUUACUCCCAGAGGAGAGAUGGAGGCGCCAGCUGCGUGGGCCCGGCGCGCAGCCACCGUACCUGCCACACCGAGAGCUGCCCAGACGGCAUGCGGGACUUCCGGGCGGAGCAGUGUGCAGAGUUCGACGGCACCGACUUCGAGGGCCGGCACUACCGGUGGCUGCCCUACUAUGCUGCCCCAAACAAGUGUGAACUGAACUGCAUCCCCAAGGGGGAGAACUUCUACUACAAGCACAGGGAGGCCGUGGUGGACGGGACACCCUGCAAGCCCGGCAAGCGGGACGUCUGUGUGGACGGCAUCUGCCGAGUUGUUGGCUGCGAUCACAAGUUAGACUCGACCAAGCAGGAGGACAAGUGUCUGCAGUGUGGAGGUGAUGGCUCCACCUGCUACCCGGUCACAGGAACCUUUGACGCCGAUGACCUCAGCAGAGGCUACAACCAAAUCUUCAUCAUUCCUUCUGGGGCCACCAGUAUUCGCAUCGAGGAAGCUGCGGCCAGCAGAAAUUUCCUGGCCGUGAAGAGCGUCCAUGGAGAGUACUACCUCAACGGGCACUGGACCAUUGAGACAGCCCAGGCUCUGCCAGUGGCCAGCACAGUCCUGGAGUACGAAAGGGGCGUGGAGGGGGACCUGGCCCCCGAGCGGCUCCGGGCACGGGGCCCCACCUCAGAGCCCCUGAUCAUCGAGCUCCUCAGCCAGGAACCCAACCCAGGCGUGCACUAUGAGUACUACCUGCCGUUGAGUGACCUCAGCCAAGGCUUCAGCUGGAGCCACGGCUCCUGGAGCGACUGCAGCGCUGAGUGCGGAGGAGGUCACCAGUCUCGCCUGGUGUUCUGUACCGUUGACAACGAGGCCUACCCGGACCACAUGUGCCAACACCAGCCACGGCCAGCCCACCGACGUUCCUGUAAUCCUCAUCCUUGCCCAAAGACCAAGCGGAUCUCUUUCCUGCACCGGCCGGGAGCAUGGCGCCAUUCUGGGGCCCAGCAUGUGUGUAGGAACAGCUGGAAGGUAGGACCGUGGACACCCUGCUCAGUCUCCUGUGGGGGUGGAUUCCAGUCUCGCCCUGUCUACUGCAUCUCCUCAGAUGGGGCUGGAGGCCAGGAAGCUGCGGAGGAGAUCCAGUGUGCAGGUCUACCUGGGAAGCCCUCUGCCACACAGGCUUGUAACCUGCAGCGCUGUGCAGCCUGGAGCGUGGAGCCCUGGGGAGAGUGUUCCGUUACCUGUGGAACUGGCAUCAGGAAGAGGAGUGUCACCUGCCGGGACGCCAAGGAGUCUUUGGUCCACGCUUCAGCAUGCUCCUUGAAGGACCAGCCACCCCCCACCGAGCCCUGUGUGCAAGAGGCCUGUCCUGUACUCCGUGGCCAGGCCUGGCAUGUGGGCGUGUGGAGUCUAUGCUCGAAAAGCUGUGGUUUGGGAACUCGGAGGCGACGCGUCACCUGUGCCAUUGGGCCGCCUGGUCACUGUAGGGACCUGCAGUCGUCCAAGCCUGCGGAGGUGGAGCCCUGCAACAGACAGCCCUGUCAUCUUCCUCAGGAGGUCCCUAGCAUACAGGACUCACGGACCCGCCCCUCAGACCCCAGGAUGCCUUUAGGCCCUCAAGUGUCCCCAGUCUCAGAUGCGAGAGACCAGCGAUGGACUGCCCAGGAGCGACCCAGGGCCCAGAGUAAUCCCCGGGAAGGCCCAGACCCCCACCAGUCAGCUGCAGGCCGGGUCCCCUCUCUGCAGCACCCUCCACACCGCUCACCCAUGAGGCCAAGCUCAGGUCCCCGUGACUGCAGACACAGCCCCCAUGGAUGUUGUCCUGAUGGCCACACACCAUCUCUUGGGCCGCAGUGGCAAGGCUGUCCCCUGGCUGGGGCCUUGUGUCUUCAGAGCAGGUAUGGAUGCUGCCCGGAUGGGGUGUCUGCAGCUGAGGGGCCCCAGCAGGCUGGCUGCACCAGAUCUCACGGCAGUGACAAUACCGGGAACAGGCCAGGGUCCAGGGCAGUGGCUUCCAAGGUCCCUGAGAUCCACCACCAACCCCAGGCCCAUGAGGGCGAACCCAGUGAUUGUCGUGGCUCCCAGUUUGGCUGUUGCUAUGACAACGUGGCUUCUGCAGCUGGUCCCCUGGGGGAAGGCUGUGUGGGUCAACCCAACUAUGCCUACCCAGUGAGGUGUCUGCUGCCCAGUGCUCCUGGAUCGUGUGGAGACUGGGCUGCCCGCUGGUACUUUGUGCCGUCAGUGGGCCGGUGUAACCGCUUUUGGUAUGGCGGCUGCCACGGCAAUGCCAAUAACUUUGGGUCGGAGCAGGAGUGCAUGAAUAGCUGCCGGGAGCACCCCGGGCCCCGCCAUCCUGAGGCAGGUGCCUCUGGGCAUCGUGUCCACAUGAACGGUGGCCAGCGUGGUCCUGGAGGCCAGCAGGAACCUGAUUGGCACAGGACAAGAGCCACAGUCCCGAGACUGCCCUCACCUUCUGGAAGCCCUUGGCGGCGAGAAGAGGAGCCAGGGCCUGGGGAGACGCACUACCCCCCAGCCUAUGGAAACCGACCUGGAGAUCAGGACCUCCGGCUCAGAGUCCCUGGACUGGGUCGAGAUGCUGGACCACCAGUGCCGCCCACACAUAGCUCCUACAGGAUCAGCUUGGCAGGCUCGGAGCCCUCCCUGGUCCAGGCAUCUGUCGGGCAGGCGGUACAGCUCUUUUGCCCUGGCCACACCUCCCUAGAGUUCCAGACAGGGUGGCAGAAAGAUGGCCAGACCCUCUUCUCUGAUAGGUACCAGUUACAGCCAGAUGGCUCCCUCAUCAUCAGCCCCUUGAGGCCAGAGGAUGCUGGUGCCUAUAGCUGUGGCAGCCACAGACCAGGCCACGACCCCCAGAAAAUUCAGCUUCGAGUAACAGGGGGCGACAUGCCAGUGUUGUCCGAGGCCCAGCCAAGGCAGUUCCCUCAGACCAGGCACCCAGACCCUGGCCAUGGUCCUCGGGACUCUGGAGCAGAAGCUGGAGGCCCAGGGGUUAUCUCUUCCCCACACCUCAGGCCUGCCAGCAGGCUGCGUCUGGAUCGGACUCAGCCUGGGGUGGUGGAUGCCAGUCCUGGCCAGCGGAUCCGGCUGACCUGCCGUGCUGAAGGCUUCCCAGCCCCCACCAUCGAGUGGCAAAGAGAUGGGCAGUUGGUCUCUUCUCCCAGGCACCAGCUGCAGCCUGAUGGCUCUCUUGUCAUCAGCCGGGUGACUGUGGACGAUGGUGGCUUCUACACUUGUGUUGCCUUUAAUGGGCAGGACCGUGACCAGCGCUGGGUUCAGCUUCGAGUUCUGGGGGAGCUGACCAUCACAGGCCUGCCUCCUUCGGUGACCGUGCCAGAGGGUGACACAGCCAGGCUUCUGUGUGUGGUGGCUGGAGAGAGUGUGAACAUCAGGUGGUCCAGGAAUGGAAUCCCAGUGCAGGCAGAUGGCCACCGUGUGCACCAGUCUCCAGAUGGCACACUGUUGAUCCACAACCUGCGGCCCAGGGACGAGGGCUCGUACACAUGCAGUGCCUACCGUGGGAGCCAGGCUGUGAGCCGCAGCACUGAGGUGAAGGUGGCCCUGCCAGCACCAGUCGCUCAGUCCAGGGACCUGGGCAGGGAGUGCAUCGACCAGCCGGAGCUGGCCAACUGUGCCUUGAUCCUGCAGGCCCAGCUCUGUGGCAAUGAAUAUUACUCCAGCUUCUGCUGUGCCAGCUGUUCUCGCUUCCAGCCAAAUGCUCAGCCUGACUGGCAGCAGGGAUGAAGGCUAGCUGUGGCACCAGUUCCGGCUAGUUUGCUGGGGAGAAGGGAUGGUAAGACAUGGCUUGCAAAGGAGUCACCCCUCAGAUACUGGCCCUCUCAGGAAGCCAGGGUUAUGCCCCAGCCGCUGCCAGUGGCGGCCUCCCCCUGUAGUGCUCAGCAGAGUCUGUGUAUGACGUCAGGCUGCUGAGAAGAGGACUCCACCUGUACAGAACUCCUUUACACCUUCUCUUUAGAGUUCCUGCUGCGGUGAGGAUCCUUUAUCGGAAAUGCUUGGGACCAAAGUGUUGUAAACUUUUAAAUAUUUGCAGACUUUACUAGUUGAGCAUCCCUAAUCUAAAAUCUGAAAUGCUCGGAAGUCGGAAACACCCAAAUGCCAUGUCAGCCUGCGGAAACGUCUAGAAGUAUGUUUGAUUUUGAGUGAGGGAUGCUCAAUUUGUACAGAGGAUCCACUCACCACACUACAGAACAAGCUAGGUAGGAGGCAUGUGACAGUAGCAGUAGUGGCAACUGCUCAGUAUUCUACGCUAGAACCCAAAGCCACUGGGUCAGAUGGUGAGCUGUCUUCAAUACUAUCACUGUAUGGAGUUCAUAGUGAUGUUUGGGAAAGCUCUCAGCAAGGUGGAAUACAAUCAUCCGGCCUCACUUUAGGGACGUGGGGUGAAAAAGCCAGAUAGAUUGUAAUCUGAGUGUGAAGAUGCUGGGAAAGAACUAGGCUGCAGAGACGUGCCCUGAGGGGACACACAGUUCACUGGCCUGCUCUGGGCAGCAAAGAGCAGCCAUACUUCCUUCAGUGGGAACCUGUGGAGCAGAGUGUUGCUAGACCAGUGAGGGGGCUGGUGAGAUGGCUCAGUAUUAAAACAUUCACUGCCAGGCCUGAUGACCUGAGUAUGACCUAGAACCCACACUGGGAAUGGUGGUGCAUACCUAUAAUCCCAAUGCCUGGGAGGCUGAAGCAGGAAUGCCCCAGUGUGAGCCAGCCUGGGCCACAGAGUGAAACCCUGUCUCUAAACAACCCCAAACCCACAAAACCCAGCAUUAACAGGAUCGAGGGUGCAAUGUCACGACCGGGGAAGUGGUUUUUAUCUGGGAUGCAGGAAGGGAUCCUUCAUCUUUUAGAACCUCUGAUUUCUUAACACUCAAGGAAGAGGUCUGCACUUAGUGAGCUUCCAAGGCUUUCCCACUUUAACUCCUAGACUCUCCUAGAAGACUAUUUAGUAUCAAAGCUCUGACAUCGGCUGGAAAACAAGGCUGCAUGCAGAAGCGGUAUCUCAGGUCAUCUUGCUCAGAAAGGAGAGAGCUGUCUGCAGGUACAAGCAGGAAGCCUGAGCGGCAACAGUAAGUGCUCUAGACCAGGGUGCUUACCCUGCUAACCAGAGUAUGACAAACCGCCAGAAACUCCUCAAGAUUUGAAGCACAGCUUGGUCCCUCCCACUGAAAUUUUGAUUUAAUUGGGCUGGUGAGUAGUCUGGUGGUAUAGGUAUUUGUGUGCAUGCGCAUGCACGGUGGGAAAUCUCAGGCAUGCUGAGUUCACAUUCCACUAAGCUGCACCUCAGGGAAUUCCAAUGUACAGCCAAAGCUGAGAAGCAGUACUGUCAGGCAGUGGUGGCGCACUGAGAGGCAGAGGUAGGUGGAUCUGUGAGUUCGAAGCCAGCCAGGACUACGUAGUGAGACCCUGUCUAUCCAUACGGCACCCCUGCACCCCUGUGACUAAAAGUCCCAGUUUCUGUUGCAGACCUACUCUGAGCAUCACAGCCGCUGAUGCGCCCACGACAGCUAAGGACUAUACUAGUCCCAAACUAGAAAUUGGCAGUAGAGAGGAAUAAAAAACAACUAGAGGUUCACUUGCAAAUAAGAAUAGCCCUUCAUGGGCAAAAGCUUCUACCACGAACAUUUAUUUUGUUAAAGCAGAUUAUAAAUUCUCAUCAGUACAAAUAUAUAUAUGUAUAUAUAACUUACAUUUGAUUGUAAGGCCAACGUUCAAAAGUAAAAAUGAGAUGGGGUCUCACGUUGUUACCCGAGGUCAAGUAGCUGCAACUGGCAUGGGAUGUUCUGUUCAUGGCGGGGAGGACGGGGAAACAGACACACAGAGCAGAUAAAUCCAGAAUCCUCAUCCCUAUAAAACUUAUGGGAACAAAACUCUAAGUACAAAACCCAUUAAGACCCAUACUACAAA